GCGGGCGGGCGAUGGCUUAAGGCGCGACAGGGGUCCGCCUCGAGGUAACCGGGAGGGCCCGGGCCGGCGACGUUGGAGCACAGCCCGACGAUGAGUUUCCACAAGGAAGACGGGGUGAACAGCCUGUGCCAGAAGGCGCUGCACAUCGUCACCGAGCUGUGCUUCGCGGGCCAGGUGGAGUGGGAGAAGUGCUCGGGCAUCUUCCCGCCGGAGCGGGGCAGCCAGGCCGGGGCAAGCACAGAUAUUUCCGUCAGCCUGUUAGCCGUUGUUGUCAGCUUCUGUGGGCUGGCCUUGUUGGUCGUCUCCCUUUUUGUCUUCUGGAAGUUGUGCUGGCCAUGCUGGAAAAGCAAACCCGUGACUCCAAACCUCAGCGCCCUCCCGCAGAGUGCUUCGAGCGCUCCCACAGAGGUUUUUGAGCCUGAAGAGAAAAAGGAGGUUAAAGAAAAUGGAAAGCCAGCGCUCAAAGCUAUUGAGCCUGCAAUAAAAAUUAGCCACACUUCUCCUGACAUCCCAGCAGAAGUCCAGACAGCCUUGAAAGAACAUUUAAUUAAGCAUGCACGUGUGCAGAGACAGACUACCGAGCCUACUUCUUCAUCCCGACACAAUUCCUUCAGGAGGCACCUACCACGACAAAUGCAGGUGUCCAGUGUGGAUUUCAGCAUGGGCACUGAGCCUGUUCUACAAAGAGGUGAAACAACAACCAGUAUCGGGAGGAUAAAGCCAGAGCUCUACAAGCAGAAGUCCGUUGACUCCGAGGGCAACAGAGCAGAAGACGUCAAAACCUGCGGGAAACUUAACUUCACCCUCCAGUACGACUAUGAAAAUGAACUCCUAGUUGUGAAAAUCAUCAAAGCCUUAGAUCUCCCCGCAAAAGACUUCACAGGAACUUCGGAUCCAUACGUGAAGAUGUAUCUCCUUCCAGAUAGGAAAAAGAAAUUCCAGACCCGCGUGCACAGAAAGACUUUAAAUCCUCUAUUUGAUGAGACUUUUCAAUUUCCCGUAGUGUAUGAUCAAAUAAGCAACCGCAAGCUACAUUUCAGUGUGUACGAUUUUGACAGGUUUUCUAGGCAUGACAUGAUUGGGGAAGUGAUUCUGGACAAUUUGUUUGAAGUCUCUGAUCUCUCCAGGGAGGCUACCGUGUGGAAAGACAUUCAUUGCGCUACCACCGAAAGCAUAGACCUGGGUGAGAUCAUGUUUUCCCUGUGUUAUUUGCCAACUGCUGGACGGAUGACAUUGACAGUCAUCAAGUGCAGGAACCUGAAGGCGAUGGAUGUCACCGGCUCAUCAGAUCCUUAUGUCAAAGUGUCUCUGAUGUGUGAGGGUAAAAGACUAAAGAAAAGGAAAACAACCAUAAAGAAGAACACUCUCAACCCUGUGUACAAUGAGGCCAUUAUUUUUGAUAUCCCUCCAGAGAACGUGGACCAGGUCAGCCUCUCCAUCGCAGUCAUGGAUUAUGACAGGGUGGGACACAAUGAGGUCAUAGGAGUGUGCAGAACUGGGAUAGACGCUGAGGGCCUGGGGCGCGACCACUGGCACGAGAUGCUGGCCUACCACCGGAAGCCCAUCACCCACUGGCACCCCUUGCUGGAGCUACCUGGCCAGGCCACCAGCUUUGAUAGUCAGGGAUCGUGCUCCUCUCCAAAGCCACCUUCCACACCAUGA